GCGCGCUUACGACUCAAGCCUUCCUGUCCGGUCAGAUCGCGUCCUACUGCUGCACUUUUACCAGCGAGCAACACACAAAGACUGAGCUUUUCGAGGUUUCCUUCUGUCUCGUGCGGUCGUAACUUCGGAGUGCAGCUUCCAUUUGGACGGAAUAGCGCCAAAGGCCACAAAGAAACCCUUUCAAUCCACGCUAACGUACAACUUCCCAGCAACCAUGUUUGAGGCUCGUCUCGUCCAGGGCUCCAUCCUGAAGAAGGUGCUGGAGGCGCUGAAGGACCUGAUCACAGAGGCCUGCUGGGACGUCAGCUCGUCCGGCAUCUCCCUGCAGAGCAUGGACUCCUCUCACGUCUCCCUGGUGCAGCUCACCCUGCGGCACGACGGCUUCGACUCGUACCGCUGCGACAGAAACCUCGCCAUGGGAGUGAACCUCAGCAGUAUGUCAAAAAUCCUCAAAUGUGCAGGGAAUGAGGACAUCAUCACCCUCCGAGCAGAAGAUAAUGCAGACACACUCGCCCUUGUGUUCGAGACCCUCAAUCAGGAGAAGGUGUCAGACUAUGAAAUGAAGCUAAUGGACCUGGAUGUGGAGCAGCUGGGAAUUCCAGAGCAGGAGUACAGCUGUGUGGUGAAGAUGCCAUCUGGGGAGUUCGCCCGUAUCUGCCGUGACCUGUCCCAGAUCGGUGAUGCUGUGAUGAUCUCCUGUGCCAAGGAUGGAGUCAAGUUCUCUGCCUCAGGAGAGCUGGGCACCGGAAACGUCAAGCUGUCCCAGACCAGCAAUGUGGACAAGGAGGACGAAGCGGUUACCAUUGAGAUGAACGAGCCUGUCCAGCUGAUCUUUGCUCUCAACUACCUGAACUUCUUCACCAAGGCCACGCCGCUGUCCAAAACCGUCACCCUCAGCAUGUCAGCUGACAUCCCCCUCGUGGUGGAGUACAAGAUUGCCGACAUGGGACACGUUAAAUAUUACCUGGCACCGAAGAUCGAUGAAGAAACCUCCUAAGGUGUUCGCCACAUCCCCAAAAGGAAGAAUGGAGGAUAGCGAGUGAAAGGAACCGAGAGGCUGCAGUGAUCUCAUGGUGGUUGGUCGCUCUGCCGGAGGUUUCUCUGAAUUUCAGGACAGGGAGGCCUGAUGCUAACUUUUCUAAACAGUCAGCCAUGAGAAUAAUGCAGCCUGUGAGGUGUGACACGCUAAGGUGGACUCCAGGCAGAUCCGGUGCAAAGGUUCGGCACCUGUCCCCCUCCACGUUUGUCUUUCGCUCGCUCUAUUUCACAUUUAUGAGAAACAGAUUCAAAUAUGUCUUUCCUUCUUGUAGAUAACACAUUUGUAAAUACUUUCUGUGGUUUCACUGUCAAGACAACCCCAAAUGUUUUUGUAUUCAAAGAUUCAGGUUAAAAUAAACAAUUGUUUCCACCAUA